GACCAAGCCAUCCGCCGAAUCGACGUUUACCCCGUUCCAUAUAUUGCUGCAGAGAGAGCCUGCGGGCUGACUUGCUAGUUCGUCGCUUCUCUCGUUUCCACGCCCUCGUUUCGAUUCAUCGUCGAUAACUGAUUUGAACUGGUCGAAAGGGGCGGCGGAAUGUCGCAAACCGUGACUCGCGCCGACUCCGUCGAGGAGCAGGAUCCUCACAACUCCAGGGAGGACAAGAAACCCAAGAGCAGGAGACCUGCAAAUACUGCGUUUCGACAACAAAGAUUGAAGGCAUGGCAACCGAUUCUUACACCGAAAACUGUCCUUCCGCUAUUCUUUGCCGUGGGAAUCAUAUUUGCGCCUAUUGGAGGGCUCUUGAUAUGGGCUAGUUCACAGGUUGAGGAAAUUGUAAUCGAUUAUUCAAAGUGUGAAACCGACGCUCCACUGGGAAGCGGCAAUGCCCGUUCGAUCCCGGAAGAGAACGUUCGAGCUUCGUUUAGAUCUCAGAAGCCAAUAUCCCAACUUCAAUGGUAUCGAACGGAGAACCAGGCAGUACAGCUUCACUCCGGCGUGGUCAAAAACGAUACCACUGUUUGCUCUUUGAUAUUCGAGAUUCCCAAUGAUAUCGGCCCUCCUGUGUAUUUCUACUAUCGCUUGGAUAAAUUCUAUCAAAACCAUCGCCGUUACGUGAAGUCACUUGACUUGGAACAACUUAAAGGGAAGGCUCUCUCGAACGGCACUAUCGGCAGCAGUGCAUGUGACCCGCUUCGAUUGAAUCCGGACGGGAAAGCAUACUAUCCCUGCGGUCUGAUCGCGAAUUCGCUUUUUAACGACACUUUUUCCAGCCCGGUCAAGGUUGGAACUAGCCCCAACGAGACAUUUGAGAUGACCAACCAAGGAAUAUCCUGGGCUUCAGACCGGGAGUUGUAUGGGCCUACAGAAUACAGCUACGACCAGGUCGUUCCACCUCCGAACUGGAAAGAAAUGUAUCCCGAUGAUUAUACGGAAGACUACCCCCCACCCAAUCUCCGGGAGUGGGAGGAAUUUCAAGUAUGGAUGAGAACGGCAGGCCUGCCGACUUUUAGUAAGCUUGCAAGGCGAGCUGAUAACAAGACCAUGACUGCUGGUCUUUAUCGAAUUGACAUCAAUUAUUAUUUUCCUGUCCUGAAAUAUGACGGAAAGAAAUCGAUUGUCCUUACUACCACCACUGUGAUGGGUGGAAAAAACCCGUUUAUGGGAAUCGCAUAUGUCGUCGUGGGCGGUUUGUGCAUCGUUCUAGGCGCACUUUUCACUUUGGCCCACUUGAUUAAGCCAAGAAAACUUGGUGAUCAUAGGUACCUCACCUGGAAUAACGAGCAGUCGCCUACGGCCAUGACUACCGGGCGCGAUGCUGGUUUUGGUGGCUAAAUGAUGAUGAACGUUAAAUGGUUAUUACAGCUACCUUUCCGCUUUGAUUUUGAAGAGCUGCUUGUACACUUUUGUUUGAUUUCCCCUUCAUGGUUAUAUACGUUUGGGUACUCAAGGCAGGUUCUAGGGUGGGUUGAGUCGGCGUUUACAGAAGAUAUUGGUCUCAUGGGCAAUUAGCCUUCGUUUGCUUCUAUGUCUUUUUAUCCUUGGAGGGUUUGGCUUCAUUUGGCUUUGCAUGUCUUCCGCUACAUUUCUAUUUGAGCCCCUCUAAUAGGGCUAUUAUUACCUUAGUUUCCACUUUCGGCGCCUUGAAUUUCUCAAAAGCCAAUACGGAGUACGACUCCCGAAAUAACCACCCUACAAUAAAAAGGAGCAUGGGAAACUAGUG